UUAACAGUGAGAUGCAGACGUGAAUAUGAGAAGUAGAUAUCGUAGACUUAAACUGACAGAUUUUAUUACAUGGGUCUUUUGUUUAAAAAUCAGUUUUUCUUAGUGCACCCUGCUGGAAGCCAUGAACAUCUACUGCUGCUACCUCACUCAACCACACCUGGAAAAAAAAUAUCUAAACUGUCCCUUUAAAUGCUAGCAAUUAGAGACUUGGUCCCAAGGCGUGAGUUUUGGGAAUAAUCUGAAUGUUUUAAAAGUUAAAUAUUUGAAGUUCCAGAGUCGACUCCGGUUUCCACACGUCUUUGUUUGUUUCUCUGUUUUCUUUGAGUCUCUGUUGUCGUCGUAGCAAACUGCUUUCAUCACAGCUCCGGGUGUGGGCGUGUGAGACACAGCAGAAGAGGACAAACAGGUUGGACUGAUCCUCAAUCAGUGGCUCCUCCCGACAGGAUCUCUGCUCGAGGACACCGGGAAAACUGACAAUCGGCUGUUCUUUGAGGGGAAAACUGUGGAUUUUUUAAAUCUCCGUCUGUGGCUCAGUAAACUCAGAGAAACAACAGGAAACAGAGACAGAGGAGGACAGAGGUUUGGUUCAACAAGCCAUAACAUGACUGACAGAGAAUUCCUCCAGCCUGAAGUCAAGCGUGUGUGUGAGGUAAAGAGGAGCAGCAGCAGCAGCAGCAGCAGAGGGCGGAGAGUCUACUUAGACGUGUAUAAACAUUAAUAACAGAUUAGUUAAAGAAAAGAAAAUAUCUUUGAGGUUGUUUAUGAGCGUGAUGCUCGCGGUGGUGCUGUGGCGCUCAGGACUGCUGCUCAGCUUCCUCACUGCCUGCGUCUGUCUGGAGCGUGACUGUGUCCUCGGUGUGGUUGGACGACCUGUGUCCCUGCCCUGCUCUCUAUCUCCACCUCCGACCCCCGCGAACGUCACCAUCGAGUGGAGGAGGGACGAGGACGUGGUGCUGCGGUCAGAGUGGACGCAGGACGGUGGACAGGUGGACGGAUGGAGCGUGAACGGAGCGUCCAUUGCCGCUGAAGCUGUUCUGACUGGAAACAUGUCUCUGCAGCUGGACACGGUCCAGCCCAGUGAGGACACAGAGUAUUAUGGUCUGUUCAUGGUGUCAGGGGAGAAUCACACAUCUCUGUGCAGCGUGUGUCUCAGAGCAGCAGCCAGUUUCAGCCUCCCACUGCUGCAGAGGGAGGAGGCGGAGCAGGGAGACGAGACGGCGUUCCUCUGUCACUCCAGUGGUGGAUUCCCUGAACCCUCCGUGUACUGGCUCAUCAACAACACAGAGGAGCCAACCGGGGGUUCAGUGUCCACGCUGGCUGCCUCACUGCCGGACUCUCACCUCUACAACGUCACCAGUCACCUGAAGGUCAACAUUUCCAAAGACGCCAACGUGUCGUGCGUCAUCGAGAACCCGACCAUGAACCAAACCUUGACGUCCACCAGUUAUGGAGUGAAGGCAGAGACGGUGAUCGGCCGAGCGUCGCAGGCCAUGUGGAUCUUCAGCACCGCGCUCUGUGUGGUGGUCGGGGUCAUGGUCAUUGUGGGCGUGGCCUAUCAGAUCAACCUGGACAGGGUCAGUAAGAGGAAGAAGAAAGAAUAUCAUCAAUACAUGAGCAGACGACCAAAGAGACGACCUUCACGUGAGGAAGAGACACAGACGAUGAAGCCUCAGUCCAGAGAGACGGACGUCUGAAAUCUGAAUCUUUGUGAAAUCGAGGCAACAGAGCACUGAUUUAUAAACUUUUAUUGUUGUGUUUAUUGAGUUCCUUAUCUCAUCACGCUGGUUAAUGUUUAGUUUAGUUUAGUUUUAGGGAUUAUUAAAAGAUUUUCACUCACAAACCUGAA